AGAGCACAUGACGCCCUGCACCCAGUCUACCCAGUAGGUAGCAACACAUGCCGCCAUAUUUCCCGGAACAGAUAAGUAACCUGGGAGAGAUAAGUUACCUUGGAGCGGCUGUGUACACCCGGGAAACAUCAGACGGACGAUGCCGCGCGAGGAAAGAACAUGCUGUCGCUGGACGGUGACGCUGCUGCACAUCCUAACGUGCCUUGUGGCUGGAUUCUGUAUCCUCAGCGUUCUCAUAAUGCGAGGACUUGAAGCUAACUGCUUACCCUCAUUAACAGACAACGUGGGACAUCAGGUCCAUUAUGCCGACUCAGUCCUGGAGUUUUUCUGCAGCGUUGUCCUGUACGCUUGUGGUGCCGUGUCGGGGUGGAGCAUCCUGUCUUUCUUCGCCCAUUGUUGCUGGGAAAACAAGCUAUGUUUUGCCCUGCAAACUGUGAUAUUCGUCAUAGUCAGCGUUCUUGGAUUAACAGGAUCCGCUUCUCUGACAACACAGUUCUUGUUGUGGUGCAAGAACCUGCAAACAACGUUCCCAAACGCAACAGAUUGUGAGGCGGCAGCUAAAUUUUAUGACAAAAACUUGGCAUAUGAGAAGCUGAACAUGACGAUGUAUUACAGAACGGAGAUUAUACAACAGAGUUGUACCUGGACCAUCAGUUUCCUGUGCAUGAUCCUGGCGUUCAUCUACAUCAGCCUCCUGUGCAUCUCGGCAGAACGACAAAACGACAGAACACGUGUGAUCUACGUCAGAAACGGCGAGGAACAGCCCCUCAUACCACUCCCAGGUGAAAGGGACAGUUAUCCAUAGACAUUGCAGCGGAUUGCUAACAAGUGACGUAUGUCAUACAACAAGUGCUAACAAGUGAUGGAUGUCAUACAACAAGUGCUAACAAGUGAUGUAUGUCAUACAACAAGUGCCAACAUGUGAUGUAUGUCAUAUAAUGACAACCCUUGUAGAUGUCGUCUAUGUCCGGUUACAGAUUUUUGUUACUUGUGUUAUAAUGGAGGGCAAGGUUGAAAACAUGCUCGUCUUUCAGUGAAUGUCCCUUUGUAAAUUGUAAUGACCACUGUCAUACCUUGAUUUUAUAUGUUCUUGUAAUAAUCUACAAUAGUGAUGAUAGAUUCUACUUCAUGGUCUGGCCUGAGCUUCCAGUCGGCUAAGGCGCCGUAAUUUGAGGUGCAAAAUUGCGUUCCUGGGAUUGCCAAAACCUACAGAAUGGUUUGGUAACCAGGUUCCUUCAAAUUAUGUGUCUGGGAUGUUCAGCACCAAACUUCAGCACGUGGGUUUCGCCAAAGCGGUAAAAGUGUGAGACGAGCAUCACUUUAUCAUCACAGCAUCACUCCAGUAUUAAAUGGACCCGCCGUAAUGGAACUGAAAUACUGUUCAAAGCGGCAUUAAACCCCCAAAACCCACUCACGUUACACAAGUAAAGGUUUGGUGUCCAACUGUGCAUUCGUUCGCAUGCACGAUACUAUCUGUAAGUACGUGCGCAUGAAGUGCAUUUUAUGGUUAGCUUCUAGAAGGCGUAUCAUGUAGGCCACAGUAGUCUGUGAUACUCUACUUUACCAACAAUGUGUUUUGCUGUACAUAAAGAGAUGCCUGCCAAUGAUUACUCGCAGCAUAGCCUGCUUAGGUCGGAAAUAGUUACUUGGUUACGGUGACCCUUCCUUGCUUCAUUCUGGCGAAAGCCUGGAUCCCUUUUCACAAAGCUAUCGUAGCUCUGGAUCUACGACUGUCGUACUUCCUGUACUGUAACAUAUAUAAGAUUUACACAGUCGUAGUGUUACGAUAGCUUUGUGUAAGACUGGUUACUUUCUGGCGUUGACGUUUAUAUUUUUAGGCAUAGUGGAAAUUAUUGUGAAUUGGAUUAUUUGUAAAUACUGCAGGUCAUCACAUUGUGAUUUUAACAAUAUGCUGAAUGGUCGCUUGAUCCGUUACGUAGACAUACAAUCCACGAUUUAUAACCACGAUAUCUUUCCUAAAAGGUACAUCAGAUCUUUGUCCUUUAAACCUUGAUGUGCCCUGGUACUUGGUACUUGGCGAAAUGAUAACCGAUCAUUCUUAAACAAAUGAUGUAUCGUUCUCUUCUCAUAUAUCAGUCUGACAUAAUGCUUCCAUAUUGUCAAUCAUUUCACUGAUAUAUAUGUCUCAUGGUUUCCAUAUCAUGGGAGUUCUGUGAUGCUUCUUCGUAAUAAACUAAUCACAAAUUCCAA